CCCACCCAUCGUGGGUCCCUGCUGCGGCCCUAGUGCGUCCGGAGCUGCUGGUUGGCUCCGGUCUAGAUGCGUUGGGGUCCGAGCGGUCGGCGGUCGGGUUCAGACCUGGCUUGACGGCAUGUCGGUGGCUUUUGUACCGGACUGGCUGAGAGGGAAGGCAGAAGUCAAUCAGGAAACGAUCCAGCGGCUCCUGGAGGAGAAUGACCAGCUGAUCCGCUGUAUCGUGGAGUAUCAGAACAAAGGCCGAGCGAAUGAGUGCGUCCAGUACCAGCAUGUAUUACAUAGAAAUCUCAUUUAUUUGGCUACCAUCGCAGAUGCCAACCCAACCAGUGCUUCAAAAGCAAUGGAAUAAUCUUCCAGUUGGCUGUUGUGAGGAGUAAUUGAAUGUAAUCCAUUUCCUGUGAAAUGGAGACAGGAUCUUUACCAACUCAACUGCUUAAAACAUGAAUGAAACCUCUGUGGCUCUUUCAAAAAUGUGAAAAUGUGAAGAAAGCUACUAAGUUAACUGUAUUCUCAGUGUAAAUAUUUAUUUUAAUAAUGAAGCAGAUUCCCUGAAUUAAGUUGACUCCAAGUGUCCUCUUUCCUGAAAUAGGCGUGUUUGGAUAACAAAGACGUCAUGGGCUCUUCAAGUCUACCUUUGUAGUUUCACCCUGAAGAGGAAACUGAGCAGAUGUUGGGCAAUCAGCAGGAAUUGGCAAGACUCCCGACUAAGACCCUGCCAAAUGGACUUGUAACUUUGUGCUCCCUCCUACCAGUUUGUAGCUGUGGACUCCCUGACUGGUCUUUUCAGGUUGCUUUGAAAUAAAGCUUGCCUUUCCACAAAAGA